AUGGUCCUUAAACCAGCCAGGAAAGAGUCCCGCAGCACCAUUGGAGUCCUGAUCCUCACAGUCCUCAGGGCAGCUUCAGCGCUUAGUCCUGACUCUGGGUCAAAGGUCAUGAGAGCUUCACUGCAGCCUUCCACUGAGGAGUGGUCAACAGACCAUGAAGGUUUCCCUGAGCACCUCUCUGAUCCUGAUCCUGAUACCGCAGAGGCCAUUUCUACCUCUGGGUUUUCUGUCCCUGUUUCGGUGCCUUUCCAAGCCUUGUCUCCUCCAGUGGCCAGCCCUUUGUGUCCUUCAGUGCCAGCCCCACAGUACGCUCCUCCAGUGACACUUCCAUGCUCUGUCCCGGCUCCUCGCCUCCCUCCAGUCCAGAGUUCAACUCACGCUCUGACUCCAGCCCCGAUACCGGCUCCAGCUCCAGUUCCGGCUCCAACCCUGACUCCGGCUCCGGUUCCGGCUCCAGCCCCUAGUCAGACUCCUGCACCGGCUCAAGCUCCAGUACCGACUUUGGCUCCAGUCCCGGCUCUAGUUCCAGCUCCUGCUCCGGAUCUAGCUCCUGCUCCGGCUCCUGCUCCUGAUCUGGCUCCGACUCCAGCACCUGAUCCUGCUCCCGAUCCAGCUCCAGCUCCGGAUCCUGAUCCAGCUCCGACACAGGCUCGGGCUCUGACCAGUCGUCCAUCGGGGCGCCCGCCUGAACCGCCGUCCCUGACCGGCCGCCCGCCUGAACCGCCGUCCCUGACCGGCCGCUCGCCUGAACCGCCGUCCCUGACCGGCCGCCCGCCUGAACCGCCGUCCCUGACCGGCCGCCCGACGGAACCGCCGUCCCUGACCGGCCGUCCACCCGCCGGAACUGCCGUCUCUGACCGGCCAUCCACCCGGCCGUCCGCCUGA